AUGGGUAUCAGUUUAGUCGGUGAUCCAAGUUUAGUGAUAAUGGAUGAACCAUCAUGUGGUGUUGAUCCGCGAUCUAGACGAAGUUUAUGGAGCACUUUGUUAAAGUGUAUCAAGGGAACAAACAGAGGUUGUAUUGUAUCAACACAUGCUACUGAUGAAGCUGAAGCUGUCUGUGAUACUUUAGCCAUACUUGUCAAUGGAUGUACACUAUCUAUCGGUUCACCAUAUCUUACAAAAGGUACAUGUAGUAAAGGCUUGAUUGUUGAUGUGAAAAUGUCACGUGAUUAUAACUUACCACCAGCAAAUGCUGAUGAUGAAGUACAACAUAAUAUGGAGACAUUUAUUCGACGAAUACGUAUUAUGUGUAAAGAUAUAACAACAAUUGAUCAAUUCGGUGAUCGUGCUUGCUUACAAAUUGAUUCACAUUUGGAACAACCACUUAAGGCAAUAUUAAAUAGAUUAUGA